CAGUACGUCGCCAGGCCGAAGGCUCCGUGUCUUUUGAAACGCUCCCAUUCAACAACUACCAUCUUGACAUCCCGGGACCCUGGGACCGACCGCCAUACCCGACGACCAGAAUAGCCCGCCAUGGCGUUCCGACGUCGCCGUGGUGCCGCCAAUGAUGCUGGCGACGCCGCUUCAGAAAACGAUGGGCACAAGAAUCGCCCGCCCAACACCGCCUUCCGCCAGCAGCGUAUGCGUGCCUGGCAGUGCGUACUGACGCCUAAACUCAUUGUCACCAUCUUCUCCAUCCUGGCUGCCAUCUACCUCGGAUUCGGCGCUUGGUUGACAUAUCUGGCAUAUACAGUCCGCGAUAUUCGAAUCAACUAUACCAACUGUCAAAAAGAGGCCACCAGUAAAUUCGAGCCGAUGCCUUCAAAGUAUAUAUCAGCGCACUUCUCAAAAACGGACAGCAGCUACAACCCUUACGAAGCCGAGUGGAUGAAGGAAACCCUGGUGGUUCAAGGCAAAGGCUUCACAGACCCGCGCGACUACUGCCGCAUCAGAUUCAACAUUCCCGAGGAGCUGCAGCCCACCAUCAGCUUCUUCUACAACCUGGAGAACUUCUACCAGAACCAUCGCCGCUACGUCAACUCGUUCAACGCGAAGCAGCUGCUCGGCGACGCCGUUGACGGCCGCACCAUCAACGAUUCGACCUGCGACCCGAUCACCUCGGAUUGGCGGGGCACCGGCAAGAUCGUUUACCCAUGCGGCCUCGUGGCCAACUCGCUGUUCAAUGACACCUUCUCCAGCCCCGUCCUGCUGACGGUGCCGGGUUCGAACGCGGCAAACGAGACAUACAACAUGACGACUAAGGGGAUCGCCUGGAGUGGCAUGAAGGACCUCUACGGCGUGACCAAGUACAGCUACGACCAGAUUGUACCCCCGCCGAACUGGGAGAGGCGGUACAAGAACGGUUAUACUGACGAGAAUCCCCCGCCGGAUCUGAGGGAGGAUGAGGCGUUCCAGAACUGGAUGAUGCUGGCCGCGACGCCCAAUUUCUACAAGCUCUACCAGAGGAACGACAACGACCCCAUGAAGGCGGGUCAGUACCACAUCGACAUUGAGGACAACUUUGACACGACCGUGUAUAAUGGUCGCAAGGCGUUCGUCAUCACCACCCUCUCCACCAUGGGUUCGCGCAACAUCUGGCCCGGAAUCAUCUUUUUGAUUGUGGGCGGCAUCUGCUUGAUCCUCGAUGUCUACUUCAUCCUCUCCUUCUUCUUGUGGAAGCCCCGCAAGCUGGGAGAUCCGUCGUACCUUUCGUGGAAUCAGCCCUCCACAUCCCACGGACAUGCGGCCUCGUGAAUUGCCG